UUUUGACUACACUGUGACGUCUUCACGGCUGUACAAUAUAAAUAAUGAAGGUUUCUUUGAAAUAUUCGUAGCAUACUUAUCGGAGUUUAUGACGGCAAUAAAAUCAGUAGGCACCUCAAAAUCAUCCAUUGAAUGGGCUACGUGUGAUAGAUAUGGAACUGGUACCUUGCUACGGGUAUCUAUCUUAUCUCACCACUAGAAAUUUGAAGCCUCAUUGUUAAGACGCGCCAAACCGAGAAGAAAUGUCUACCUUAUCGAAACCUAUCCCUCCAUUAUAUACCGUCUAUAUAUUACGUUCAACCGUCCGCAAUGCCUCGUUAUAUAUUGGCUCGACGCCUAAUCCACCACGGCGGCUUAAGCAACACAACGGUGAGGUCAAAGGUGGCGCCGCACGCACGUCGAGGAGGAAACUGAGGCCGUGGGAGAUGGUCGGUCUCGUAUCAGGCUUCCCUGGAAUGGUAGCUGCCUUGAAAUUUGAAUGGGCUCUUACCAAUCCUCACGUAUCACUACAUAUUCCAUCUACAUCUCGGAUAUCCACUGCAGCGGGUAAGAAGCGGAAUGGCCGUCCUAAGCGUCCACGGCAUACCCUAACAUCUAUACUAUCGAACAUACAUCUUCUCCUACGUGUUCCUAGUUUCUCAAGAUGGCCUCUGAAUUUACACUUCUUCGCGCCUGAGGUUCACGAAGCUUGGAAUAAAUGGUGCAAUACGGUAGAUGAGCCUCUUCGGGAUACAAUUCGGGUAUCGACUGAUUUCAACCCGGCGGAAACUAGUCAGGGAAAUAGUGAGAGCUCUGAUACCGAGAAUGAGUUAGAGCGGCUUUGGGGUAUCCAUGCCCUGCCGCUCGACUACGCCCCGAUGAAGACAUAUGUAAUGAAGACACAGUCCAUUUAUGAAUUUGAGAGGGAAGGUGACUGCAUAGUCUGCCGAGAGCACCUUGAUCCGGGCAAGGGCCUCUACGCAACAUGCUCAAAUGCUGAUUGCGAGGGCACCGGUCACGUAUCAUGCUGGAGUAGACAUCUGCUUGGAAAAGAGGCCGGCGAGGACAUCAUACCUAUAUCUGGACGCUGUCCAAGGUGCAAAGGUGAAGUAGUAUGGGGUGAUCUCAUGAAGGAGACGAGCUUGAGGAUAAGAGGGGCUAAGGAGAUUGAGAAGCUUCUUAAGAAACCUAGAAAACGAAAGACACGAGCUGAGUCUAAUAUAUAAAAUUGCAAUCCUUUUGAUAUAGACUUUCGUAGAUCCCUCGAUUUUUAUAGCGAGGCGUUAGGCGUUAUUAGAUGAGGCCGGGAACGAGUACUUUGUGUUUG